UGUAGUGUAUGUAAUGUAGGUAGAUAUAGAUUAGUAAUAAAGGAGCUUGUGUGGGUAGGGGCCAUAUAUGAUUCAUUCUGGAAUAAACCGUAAUGUACAUAAGACGUUGUUUAAUUUACUUCAUUGGCUAACGAGGAUUUUCAACGAUAUCGCGGAAGCAUUUCAGUAUAAGUAAUUAGAAUUAUUUACGAAUCAGCUGGGCAUCGAAUCACAACAAUGUCGGUGGGGAGAAUCGGCGAGUUUGAUGUCGCGAGUGGCAACUGGGCGAGGUACGUGGAGCGAUUGGAAAUGUAUUUCCAAAUCAACAAAAUUGAAGAAAAGGAUCAAGUGCCUAUGCUUAUCACGGUCAUUGGUGAUACGGCGUACGCGCUAUUGAGCGAUUUAUUAAGCCCAGGGAAGCCAUCAUCAACAAAAUACAAUGUAAUUGUUUCCACGUUGAAAGAUCACCUGCAACCAAAGGUUUCCAUAAUGGCGGAGCGUUACCGGUUCAGACAAAGGAGGCAAUCGUGCGGCGAAAGUGUUAAAGAUUAUUAUACGGAGCUUAAAAAGUUAUCAAGUGAGUGUGAUUUCGGUGCUAACUUAGAGGACAAUUUACGGGACCAGUUAGUAUGUGGUUUAAAAAGUGACGUAAUUAGACAACGACUUUUUGCGGAGGACAGUCUGAGUUUCAGCCAAGCUGUUAAGAUUGCGUGUUCACUGGAGGCGGCGGAGCGCGAUGCGGCGUCGGUGGAGGUCAUGGGUGCAGGGGGCGGCGGCGCCUCAGCCCAUAGCAACAGCGCGGUACAUGCGCUGACGUCAUCGCGGGCGCGCGGGCCAUCCGGCUCGGCGGCGCAGGGCUCCUACGGCCGCGGGCCUAGUGGGGCGCGGAGAUGGGCUUCGCCGGACACGGCUCGAAGUGCUGAUCAAUCAGCUCAGUGUGAGGCGUGCGGCGCACGCAGCCACGGGAUAAAAGACUGUCGAUUCAGAAGGGCAAUCUGCAGUAAAUGCGGUAAAGAAGGCCACCUACGGCGUGUAUGCCCCGCGUGGGCGGAGCGCGCCGGACACAGAUGGGCGGGAAACAGAGGAUACAAACAGAGCAAAUCUCUGCAUCAUCUAGAUGAAGGAGUACCCGCCCAGGAAGAGGAUGACUCAGCAGAAUGUGAAGAGGAGUUAAACCAACUCUGCUUGAGUGGCUACAAGCCGACAUAAGGAGCUAUUCAGCGGCGGACUGGGUAGAUUCACUGGCGGGAAGGUGAGGCUGCGGGUGCGGGAGGACGCGGUGCCGGUGUUCUGCCGCGCGCGCCCGCUGCCUUUCGCGCUCAAGGAGCGCGUG